AUCAAAGCGGUGGUACGAGUGGCUGAACCCAUUGAGGAGGGCUUGUCAUUGGACAGCCAGUCCGGCCUUGUGCAAUACUUGCUAGCUGGGAGUCAUCGAUCCGUUCAGGUAAUUGACAGGAGCAACAGAAGAGAUGAGUCGCUUCCUAAACGUCCUGCGGAGCUGGCUGGUGAUGGUGUCUGUUAUCGCCAUGGGAAACACCGUGCAGAGUUUCAGAGAUCACAGCUUCCUGUCGGAGAAGCUCUACACCGGCACACCUGAAUUUGUCAAUGGUCUUCAAGCACGGACGUUUGGCAUUUGGACGUUACUGUCAUCCAUCAUUCGCUGUGCCUGUGCCAUUGAUAUCCAGAACAAAACGCUGUAUCACAUCACCUUGUGGACAUUUGUGUUGGCAUUGGGUCAUUUUCUGUCCGAGACUUUUAUCUACAAAACCGCACCUCUCACCAUCGGGGUCAUGGCACCUCUUCUUGUGGCCAGUUUCUCAGUCGUAGCCAUGCUGAUUGGAUUCCAGUGUUUUCCAGAGACUGCAGAGGAAGUGGGAGCACGGCAGAAGAAACUGAAAUGAAUGUUCUUGUGUCCACAAGACGUGUUUGGAUGGACUGUGUGGUGUGCUGCUUCCCAGAUGAAAUUUCUAUUUCCUGCAGACUUUCUCAGAACUACACACAUGGAUUCUUUGUUCAGUUUUAAAAGGUUUAUUUAGACAAACAAUGGAAAAGAAACUCCACUGAGCCCACUCAUUUGUGUUUGCUCUGUGUGUCGUGAAAAUCAUUCCCCUCCAGUCAAGCUUCACAGCUUUGUCCUUAAAUUCCACAACAUGAUAAAUUAGCACCCCAAACAAUUGCAUCAUCUUUAAAAAAAAAAGUUAUCACAACAAGCCACAUAUGACAUAAAAUAACUUCAUCACAAACUAUGCACACUACACCUUUACAGUGUAACCUGUGUAUAGAACAAUUUAUUUAAUGAAAUAUGUGUCAUUUUUCUCAUGCUAAAUGACCCAUUUGCCUCCUCUUGCACAGUGAAGCAGAUACCAAUCCAAGUUCCUGCCAGGUCUGGAGGAGGUCUCUUACAGUAAAACAUGGACAAAACUGACCUUCUCAAGCAUACACAAGAUGCACAGCAUCAACAGUUAUUGCAACUAGUAGAAUUCUGAGGUAAUACGUUUGUGUGAUCCAGCGUGGCAAGCAGAAAAAGCCUUCCAGCUGCCAUGACAGGAAAACACACAGCUGUCCUGUUAACCUUCACCAUUAAAUGUCCCAUAUUAUUGAAGUUUCCAACAAUUUUAAAUACGUCUCAAAGGUCCGACAAUAGUGUAUUUCAGUGUUGGCAAAAACAGUGCUUUUACAAAGCCCUAAGGGAACUCCGGGUUUUGAGUGUCUGUAGUUUUAAUGCUAAUGAGCUGUGUUUGUACGCCUGUUGACAAGAGUGUGUGACUCCAAGAAGCACUAUUGUGCACUUCAUCCACUCCUUACAUAAACAGUGAAACUCUUCACUUGUGCAACAUAAUAUAUGUCAUCUAUCAUAACAACAAAAUAUUAAAAGUGGGACAGGAGGACACAAACGAUAGCAACACUAGCAUAGCAAUGUGUGCUACAGUGCUAACAUUACAGUCACAUUUGAACAGAACCAUCAUGCUUGGUUAGCCUAUUCGCUGAAGAAAUGAUCAAACUGAUAGCUCCCACGUCUGUAGCGGACUGAUGGAUAGUCAGCAGAGCUCCAGGCUUCAUUUUCAGAUGUGUAGUGAAGCCUGCUUUUUCUUACAAAGCUGUCCUCCAUAAAGGGGCGGUUGUAUAAACGGAGCAGGUUUAUCUAGUUAGGGGCGGGUCAGAGGCAGUAUCAUGUCCGUGAGCAAGGAGGUUUUUCAUUCAAACCAGGAACUUCAAAAGCGACCUUAACGCCUCUGCUCUCAAAAGUGGAGCAAACAAAUCAACGAGAUGAUCAAUUUUUGUCACGUUUGGGCAUCAUUAACAGGCUCUAGUGACACAAUACUCAAUUCAUUCAUCCAUUUUCUAUCCCGCUUUGUCUACAUCUGGGCCGCGGGUGAACGAUCCGAGCUGACUUGGGGCGACGAGCAGGGUACACUCUGAAAUGGUCGCCACACAGACACAGGACACAUACAAAUACACAAGCAUUCACUCACAUCCACACCAAUGGACAAUUUAGAGUGUCCAAUUAGUCUAACAUGCAUACUGUACAGGUAUAUUUGGGAUGUGGGAGGAAGCUCCUCAAUCUCCUGAGUGUGAAGCUAAUGAUAACCACUAGGCCACUGUGCGGCCAACUGGUAUAACAUAAUUUUAGUUAAUAAUUCUGCAUAAUAGAGGACCUUUAAAAUAUUGCUCAUUAGUAGUGACAGAACACACCAUUGACACUAAUUCAAAAGGUUUUGGUGUAGCAGUCAUUAAAAAAUAAGUUAAUAAUUUAAGCUUAAAGGAAAACUGCACAUCAUUCACAAUCCUUAUGUGAGACAUAAACACGUCUUUUUUCUGUGCAUUCUAAAGAUAAAAAACAGCUAAAGAGACACUGCUGGGAAUUCACAUAAAGGGAAACGCCUAUUCUGCCUAUGAAGCCUUCUGAAAAAACCUCCAAAAAGCGCCAACAAUGCUCAAUUUACACAGAAUGUGAAGUGCAUAUUAACCAAGCUACAGCAACAUUAUUAUUAUUAACAUUGUUACGCCUAUCGAACUACGUUACUGGUGUAUUGAGACCUUGCGACACCAUACCGGCUAGCUACUAGCCAGCUAGCAACUAACUUCACCACACUCUCACCCACAGCGCCUCAGCGCCGCGUUCACAGCGCCUCUGGCCACUACCAAAAGGUCACGCUACAUAUCGGAGCUGCUGUUACACCUGCUGUUUUUGUUUUUGAGUUUGGAAAAGUUAAUGCAAGGUGCAGGCGUUCGUUUCUAUGUUGCUAUGGAGGGACCAAAAUAUAGCAAAUGAUCAAUGGUAAAUGGUCUUUCACUUGUAUAGUGCUUUUCCACCACUAAGGCACUCAAAGCACUUAAGCAAAAUACUGUAAGUAUUCCUGGUUAUCACCAAUGUGCCUGUCACUACUGUACAUUGUUAUAGUAUGUAUACAAAACCAUAAAACCGGGUUGGAGGUUUUUGAAGGUGCUUGAAUAGAAGUCUUUGUAGACGGCAUAGGUGUGUCCAAUUAUGAGCAGUAAUGAGCUGUCUCUGUUUAUCUGUUUUUAUAUCUUAAGAAGGCACAGAAAAGAGAAAGACGUGCGUUCAUGUCUCACAUAAGGAUUGUGGAUGAUGGGCAAAAUUCCCCAAAAAAGUGCAGUUUUCCAUUAACAAAGGAAUGUAAAGACAUAUGAGGUUGAAGUGCAUUGUACUUGUGUUUGUUUUGGGAUUAGUGUAAGUGUGAGAGUGUACAGUAUGUGUGUAAAGUGUCAAUAUCUUCACGGUACAUCAUGUUGCACAAUGCAACAAAUAUGGAGCAGGGUUGUCAGUUGGUACCGCGACCAAUCAGCCUGGACAAGACCUCAUAGCAGAAUACAUGACUACUUCUUGCAUUCUUAUUUAAAGCUUUCCUUCUUUCAGGAUUUCAGGAGGAGAGAUGUUUUCAUCUCGAACGGCUGACAUUUUCUGUAAAGAACAGAAAAAAUAUUGAUUCACAUACAGGGACAGUGCAUAUUAAUAAACAUUCAUGUCAAUGUGCCACAAUUAGCCAGAAGGCUAUUUUUCCUCUGCAGCCCCUGGUCCUAAUACCACUCACUAAAAAGUCUAAUUAAACUGAGUUGUAAAUUAAAAAACACAAACAACAUAGCCUUUUUAGAAAUACAAUAGAACAAAAAAAACCCUUCUCUAUCUUACAAAUAGCCUCAAAAAGUUUCGGUGCAUUGCUACUCACAGGUUACAUGUUGACCCCUAAGAAUCUCUGGUUUAUUCAUUAAGUGUCAUCAGGCCAAAAUUACAAGUGCAUCUCAAUAAAUUACAAUAUCAUACAACAGUUAAUUUAUUUUGGGAAUUCACUUCAAAAUCUGCAACUAUUUGAAGGCCCAGGAAGUCUUUGCAGUUCAUUUUGUCAUUAGAAUACAGCAGCAGUAGCUUGCAAUGUUGAACCUUUUCACAAUAAUCACAUUUUAUGACACUC